AUGGCGCCUUCUUUCGACCAUCUGCGCGAGGCAGAUCUCGACGACGACGAGUACGACGAGGAGGAGAUCGACAUCUCCGACCUGCGCGAAAAGUACGAGGUUCAGCUGGAGCAGGGAUAUGACACCUUCGUGGUUAUUGAUGGCCUCCCCGAAGUCAACGAGGACCAGAAGCCCAAGCUGGUCAAGUUCUUGCUGAAGAAGCUGAACUCUGUUGGAAAGACAAGAGAAGACUUGAUUUACAUGCCCAUGGGCGACAAUGGAAAGUCGUUGAGAUUUGCCUUUGUCGAGUACUCAUCUCCCAGCGAGGCUGCCGCUGCCGUUCGCGGACUCGACCAGGUCCCCCUCGACAAGAAGCACACCCUCCGCGUCAACAAGCUCACCGAUAUCGACCGCUACGGCCGCGAAGGCAAGGUCCACGAGGAGUACACGCCGCCUCAAAUUGAGGAGUUCACAGAGACGGAGCAUCUGAGAUCAUUCAUGAAGGACCCCAGCGGCCGUGGUAGAGACCAGUUCGCAAUGUACCGUGGCGACACUGUCGGCGUCUUCUGGAACAACGAGAAGGAUAUCCCCGAGAACGUUGUUGACCGUCAAAAUUGGACAGACAGCUUCAUCCGGUGGUCGCCGCAAGGAACCUACCUCACCUCGGUCCACGCCCAGGGUGUUCAGACUUGGGGCGGUCCGUCGUGGUCACGGCAGAAGCGUUUCCCCCACCCCUUCGUCACCUUCGUCGAUUGGUCCCCCUCCGAGAAGUACCUGGUAACAUGGUCUGCCCGCCCCAUCUCCAUCCCCGACGAGGGCCACCCGGCCUUGUCUGUUGACGAUGAUGGCAAGAACUAUGUUAUCUGGAGUGUCGAGUCCGGCAAGCCCAUCCGUUCCUUUGCCAACCUGGACAUGGAGGGCAUGGACGAGGCAAAGCAGCGCAAGCUUCUCUGGCCCGCCUUCAAGUGGUCUGCUGAUGACAAUUACGUCGCGCGUCUCAACUACCAGACCGGUAUCUCUGUGUACGAGCUCCCCCGCAUGAACCUCCUCGACAAGACCUCUAUCAAGAUCGAGGGCAUCAUGGAGUUCGACUGGGCCCCAGCUAGCGUCCAAAGAGAGGGCGUUAAGACGUACGAGCAACUUCUUACCUACUGGACACCCGAAAUCGGCAGCAACCCCGCCAAAGUCGGUCUUAUGAGCAUCCCCAGCAAGGAGGUUGUUCGUCAACUGCCCCUCUUCAGCGUCUCGGACGCCAAGCUCCACUGGCAAUCCGAUGCCUCAUACCUCUGCGUCAAGGUCGAUCGUCAUUCCAAGUCCAAGAAGUCUCAGGCCACGACUCUCGAGAUCUUCCGCAUUAAGGAGAAGGGCGUCCCUGUCGAGGUCGUCGACACUAUCAAGGACACCGUAAUCAACUUCGCCUGGGAGCCCAAGGGCGACAGGUUCGUCAUUAUCACGACAACUGAGCCCGCCGGCGCUGUCGCCGUCGCCCCCAAGACGUCCGUCGCCUUCUUCUGUCCCGAGAAGGCCAAGGGCAAUGUUGUUGGCAACUUCAAGCACCUCCGCACCCUGGAGAAGAAGAAUAGCAACGCCAUCUACUGGUCCCCGCGCGGCAGAUUCGUCGUCAUCGCCACCGUCCACAACCAGCAGAGCUCCGACCUCGACUUCUUCGACCUCGACUUUGAGGGCGAGAAGCCCGAGUCAGACAAGGAUCUGACCGCCAACCUUCAGCUCAUGAACACGGGCGACCACUACGGCGUUACUGACAUUGAGUGGGACCCCUCAGGACGUUUCGUCGCCACCUGGGCCUCUGCAUGGAAGCACUCUAUGGAAAACGGAUACCACAUCUACGACUUCAAGGGCGAAGCGCUCCGCGAGGAGCCUAUCGAGAAGUUCAAGCAGCUCGCGUGGCGCCCGCGCCCCGCGACGCUGCUCAGCAAGGAGGAGCAAAAGCAGAUCCGCAAGAACCUGCGCGAGUACAGCCGCGUCUUUGAGCAGGAGGACAUGGAUCGUGGCGCCUCCGCCGACCGCGAGGUCGUCGAGGCCCGCCGCCGCCAGCUCGCCGAGUGGGUCGCUUGGCGCGAGUCCAUCGAAGAGGAGGUUGCCGAGGAGCGCAAGGACCUCGGCCUGCCCGCCGACAUUGUUGCCUACCUUCUCUCCCAGAAGACGCAGACCAGCGAUGGUGAGGAACAGAUCAUUGAGGAGAUUGUGGAGGAGGUGCUCGAGGAGACGGAGGAGAUUGUCAACUAA